CCACCAACCACUUUUCCUCUUCAGAAGGAAUCGUAACUGACAACAUCGGAUUCUUGAUACUACGGGUCGUCCGGGGCCCGUCAAAGUAACAUUUCAGGAUGGUCGGAGCAACAGGAACAACAACGGCCUGUACCAUCUACAUCGCGACAGCUUUCUUCCAACCGCAACAGGGAGGAUCUAGCUGUAGACCUCCUUGAUGGGGGUUUUGGGGGUGGUUUUUCUUGGGAUGAUGGAGUGGGUGGUGGUGUGGUUGGAAUGGGAUUUGAGGUUGGUGGGUGGGAGAAUGGGGGAUGGGAUGGGUUGUGGGAUGGGUUGUGGGAUGGGUUGAGUGGUGGCUUGGAAAAUGUUGGGUUGGAGGGGAAUUGGGGAGAGCUUGCAAUUGCUGAUGUUGAUGGGAUGGGAGGUGUGGGGGAGGGCAUUGAGGGUGGCAAUCAAGCCUACCUUUCAGUGGUGCCUGGAUGCGAUGGUUCGAGCGGGGCUUCUUUGCCUGUGGUACCUGCGUCUUCUGAAGGAGAUUUAUUACCUGAACUUUCCUCCACAGAUUUCGAUUUUGGGUCUUACGCCAACUUCGAUAUGGAACACUUCGAGAUGGGCGGCCGUGAUAUCGAGAUUUCUGAAAGGGAUGGGGAUUUACGUGUUGGUGAGGGCGGUAUGAGUAAGUUUUCCCUUGUUGUGUCUUAUGACUCAUCUCUUUCAUGCCUUGGUAUAAGUUAAGGUGUACUUGGUGUUAACAUACAACAACAGACUUUUCUCCAAACAAUGAAGCAAUACCAAUGACAUCUUCAACUACAAAUCCCUCGCUGGAUACCACACCACUCUCUUACCAACAUCGUCCAUCAACUUCAACCUCACCAAACCAAUCUUUAUCUCUAUCUCCUCCAACAACAACAAAGGCCCCAUCAAAAUCAUCUGGACAUGUAAACACCUCCAAAAUCGAGAAGCGGACCAAGAAUACCCAGGCUGCGCGCCGGUAUCGACAGAAACGUGUUGAUCAGAUGGCGGGAUUGGAGGCGAGACUCAAGGAGAGUGAGGGGGAGAAGGAGGCGUUGAGGAUGAGGGUUGCGAGGUUGGAAGGAGAGGUUGAAAUUUUGAGGGGUUUGUUGAAGAAGGGAUGAUGCGCUUGUUGUUAGUCUCUCAGAUUCUCAUUUGAUUUUAGUUCUCAAGGGAGUAAAUUGAAGGGAUGAACUCAGACGAUGUCGGUUCCUGUGUUUGUUCAUGAUUUUCUUUUGAUGAGAUAUCAUUUCGGCAAAAUUCUUGUCAUCAUGUUUUUGGGGCUUGGUAUUUAUGGGAGCGGGUAAGAGGAACGGAUCUUACAGUUUCUUCUUUGGAGAUAAUUGUAACUUUGACUGUAGUAGGAAUGAUAUUUUGAUUUACAUUCUUCCAUCUCAUUUCUUUACGUUCUACAAUAUAUACUACUACCCACCACGUACUACUCCAUCACAAACUCCACAUCCUCUCAUUCCUACUCAUAAAAGCCCAUCAUCCAUCAUCGA